AUGUUCGGGAUCAACCACGGCCUCAUCGUCACCGCCCUCGUAUUUGCCGCCGCCGCUCUCGCCCGGUGGCGCACGACUACUACUCGUGUGCCAGCUUUCCUGGGUGGCUCUCGGCCGUUUGCUCUACUGCUGGGGGACUCAUUAACGGGCCGUGGGUUCCAGCCAGAGCAUCACGGCUGGGUUGCCAGCCUCAGUGAUCGUUACAGCCGCAAGCUCGACCUGGUUAAUCGAGGCUACGGCGGGUGGAACUCACGCUGGGUGCUGAGGGCUCUGCCGCAUCUGCUACCGCGCUGGGGGCCAGAUGCCGCGCAGUGCCGCUGGGUGACGCUGUGGCUCGGCGCCAACGACGCGGUGGACGAGUGGGCGAAGCAGCACGUUCCGCUCGUCGAGUUCCGCGCCAACCUGCGCGCGAUCAUCUCGCAGCUACGGGCCGCCUUUCCCGAGGCGAAGCUUCUCUUGCUGACGCCGCCGCCGUGCGACACGGACGCGUGGGCCGCACACCGGCUGCGGCAGGGGAAGUCCUCCGAGCGCUCGCCGCAGCAGGUGGGCCUGUACGCGGAGGCAGUGCGAGAGGUUGCCCGCGAGCACGCGGGUGGCGAAAGCGCCGUGCUGGUCGACAUCCACCGCGCUUUUGGCGGAGCGGACGGGAAGGGAGUCUCCAGCCUGACGCUCGAAGACGGCGUGCACUUGGGGGCCAACGGCUCGGACCUGGUGGCAGGGGAAGUCCUCCGAGCGCUCGACGGGCUGGGGCUCGGCGUCGAGGCGUGCGCCGAGGAUGCACCAGGCCACGCAGAGAUUGAGAGCGCUGCCGACAUAGAUCGAUGGUACACGAGAGGCCUUCCGUGCUCCGGCCUCCGCUUCAGCCUUUUCUACGCGAUGGCCAGCACGUCGUCGCCCGCACCUGCUGUGGCACUCAUGGAUCAGAUGGCGACCGACUCGUUCCUGUCGUCACUCGCUGAGCUGCGGAGCAUGCCGCAUACUCACGUCAAUGAGAAGCUUGUCGGCAGGGCGGAGAAGCCCAACGACUUUGGCGUGCUCGAGGCGAAGAAGUGGGUUAAUGAGCAGCUGACGGAGGCCGCCCGAUCCGGGUGCUAUCACUAUGGUGCGGGCGCGAUUGGCUUCACAGCCAACGCGCCAAAGCUUCUGGGGCGGUAA